ACCCUAUCCUCCACGUGAUAAAACCGUGACCUCAGCCAACCGAGCCAUCUUUCCUUUCCGCGCAAACGCCCUGGACCGGUCAGGACCCGGCAGCUGUCUCAAACAUGAACAUCACAAAAAUAUUACAGCUAUUUAUUCCAUUGUUCCCGUUGGUAAUAGCUAUACAGCCUUCAGCACAAAAUCCAGUGGCAGGGCAGAGGUUUCGACACCUUGAAUGGGGUCUGAUUAACUUCUUGCACACUACAGACAAGUUCUCCUCCAACUCUGUUUUGAAGCUUCAUGAGCCUAACCUGGGGGGCAAAUAGUCAUGGUUGGCAUGCCGGGCAUCUCCAGGAACCUCAGUAUUCGGCGGACUUUGGGGACUAUCUUUCACUCGUUUCGCAUCUGAGGAACACCGCGGAAGAAAAGGGCGUGGAUUUAAUAGUCCUCGAUACUGGUGACCGUGCCGAAGGUGAGAAUCAGCCCGGGCACCUUCGAAGCAUCACUAAAACGGCUAUGAUAGGGAAUGGGCUAUGGGAUGCUACCGAUCCCAUGGGAAAAUACACCCGGAACUUUUACAGAGAACUUCCUUUGGAUAUCCUCACUCUGGGGAACCAUGAGUUGUAUAACGGCACUACAGCUCGGAAUGAAUUUUUGGAGAUGGUUUCUUUUUAUGAGGUGGUAUCCAUUGGCCCUUGGUGAUAUGGUUGGGUGCUAAUGUCUCAUUGGAGCCUAAAGGGGAGAUAUCUUGCGGUAAGGGCUCACCUCCGAGAGGCAUAAAGAGUGAAUACUAACCCAGAGUUCAGUCGAAUAUUGAUAUAAACGUGACCGGAGAUUGGGAACCCUUCGCAACUAGAAUCCGCAAGUUUGUUACCGAGCAACAGGGCUUCAGAAUUACUGCUUUCGGGUUUCUGUUCAACUUUACCAGGAACGAUAAAAACACAAGAGUGAAGACGGUAUGGAUAAUCGCGGUUUCCAGUGCUUUAGGUGAAGCUCACAUGGCGUCGAGCCAGGCCGCAGACACGAUCAAAGAAUCCUGGUUCCAGGAAGGUAUCCGCGAUACAGACGUGGAUCUGUUCGUGAUUAUCGGGCACGUAGAUAUCUACAGCAUUGAGUUCACCCAGAUUUUCGAAGCAAUUCGUGAAGUUCACCCGGAUAUCCCGAUUCAGUUCUUUGGCGGCCACUCGCAUAUCCGGAAUUUCAGGAUUUUGGACAACAAGUCUACAGCACUGGAAUCAGGAAAGUACUUCGAAACUGUAGGAUGGCUCAGCAUCGAUGGGAUUAAGGCUCGAGAGGCCCCCGAUAGCGCAGAUAAUACCUCGAUGGUCGUUUCCAGGAGGUAUAUCGAUGCAAAUAGGGUUGGGUACCAGCAUCACACGGGGAAGAAUGCCACUACCUUUGACACCCCUCAAGGAUUGCUGAUGACAGAACGUCUUGCCAAAUACCGUGCCGGUCUGGAUCUUGACCGCCUUAUCGGGUGCGCUCCGCAGGACUUUUCACUAAGCAAGUAGGUUCCAUCGUCCCCCGGAUCCCUUUUACCUGAGCUCUGGCGGCUUGAUACCAACAGACUCGUCAGACAUAUAUACCCUGGCCCACAGAACUGGUAUAGCUACUUGGAAGAGCGCAUUCUUCCAACCAUGGUCUACAGCAAGGAAAGGGGUCAAGUCCCACGUUUUAUAUUCAUCAACACUGGAUCUCAGAGGUCUGAUGUGUUCAAGGGUAAGCAACAGGGCAUACCAACAUCUGUCGAGAUUGCCCACCCCUAAUAAACGACACCAGGGCCCUUCACAUACGACACCAGCUUCCUCGUUUCCCCAUUCACCAGUAAGUUCGUCCAUGCAAAGGACAUCGACUACUCCAUAGCCAUCCACCUCCGAGACUUCUUCGAAAAGGACGUAGGCCCCUACAGAUCCGACAAAUCCGAGAACCCACUCGAAAACCGGCAGCAAGGCGCCGAAGAAGUAGACAUCCAAUCCUCACCAUUAUUAGUCGAUCACCGCCAGGCGUCGCUCGCCCGCCACAAGCAUACCAAAGUGAUCGGUUACGCAACAACAGACGACGCAGGCACUGACGGCGACGACACGAUCCACGUCCCGCUGAAGCGCUACCCGACCCCGCAGGUGAUCCAGGGCAAUGCGUCCUUCCCGGAGGACUGGGAAUCCAACCCUCCGGCCACGAUCGACCUUGUUUUCUUCGACUUCAUCGCCUGGCACGUCGCGGCGGGGCUCAAUGAGAUUACGGGCACCGAGGACUACUCCACAAAGGACUUUUUGCCCUACAUGGAGCAGGAGGAUACGAUGACCAGGUUGUUGUUGGAUUAUGUUGCCAAAUAUUGGGGGCGUGACUGUUAGGAUUGUUGAGCAGUAUUUGUAGGAUAUUGGGGCUUUCCUUUCGCGAUUGGGAUAAAACAGAGUGAAUGUAAUAAUGGCUAUCAUACAACCCGCAGCACUUGUAAGUCUGUUGAUUCCUUCUCCCCAAAUAUAUCAUACAACUGUGUGUUGGGGGGUUUUCAGCCAGUGCUAGCAGUUACCGAUAGGGCAGUCCCAGAAUUUCAAUAUCAUAGAUAAUAUCAGAAAUCCAAAGUUCCCGUUUCAGUCAUUAGCUCAAACCAGUAUCAUACCAUGAAAUUGACUUUCCAUUCUCCGGUCCGUCCAUUUCAUUCAAAUCCCACUCCCAAAGGAGAGAAGAGAGAGAAGAAAAACGCAAUACAAGAAAAGAAAAGAAACAAAGGAAAAGGGCCGAAAUAAGCAAGCUCCCUCUGAAACGGGAAAAAAGAAAAAAAGAAAAAAAAGAGGUCGCAAAAAAAGAGAACGACAAAUAUAAUAUAAGAACAACUGGUCACCCAUCCAUCCAUCAUUCCAAUAUCAUUCCAUUCUACCCCUCCUUCCUUCCUGCCCGUCCGUCCAAUCCACCCCACCAUCAAGAAAAGAAAAGAGAAAAGGCAUAAAAAUACGUACAAUCCCCAGCUCAAAGCCAUCCACAACAGCAAUAAUAAUUAUAAAAAGAGAAAUAAUAAGAGAUAAGGAUAAGAAAACCCCCUCCCAGAACCCAUGAAAAUAAGAAAAACAAUCAUCACAAGAGGUAAAAAAAGAACAGGAAUAGAAAGAAAAAACCACCAACCAACCAAACCAAUCGAACGCCGAUUUGUCGAAUAAACAAGCCUUAUAUCGCUGUUUGGCGCUCCGCGCCCCCUUCUCUUUCGCCAUCAAUGGGACACCGCAGGUGCAUAUGAAUUGAACGAGUUAAGGGAGAGAAAGUGAAAAAGGAGAUAUGCAUGAUAUGCAUGAUAAUAUCAAUACAAUUGUUUGCCAAAGAGAGAAAGGGGAAGCGAAACGAAAAGAUAGGGAUCCGUCACAGGGACAUUCAUUACUCUGGUUUUUUCGAUUGAUGCCCUUCUUGCCCCGCAGAAUACGCUCCGGAGGUAUGCGAAGGGUUAUUAGAUGGUUGGCUUGGAGGAGCAGUUGCUCGGGACAAUGGAGUUUCUGAAAAACUGGAACGGAAGAAAAGAAGAAAGGUUUCUGAAGAGAAAAUAGGAUGAUUGUUUUGUUUGCUUUUUUUUUUUUUUUUUGUUUGUUAUAGUUUUCCCCCCUUAUUCCCGCCUCGAGCCGGGAUAUGUUUGGGCCAAAGCCUUUCCGUUCGCUUUAGCUCCGGUUGGAAAGGACUAUUUGAAGUUCUUGAACAUAUCGCUGUCAAGGCUCGAGAAUCCACUCCCGAAGAGAUCAUCGGGAAGCUUGGGUGGGGGAGCAAUCGAUCGUACAAUUGGCUUCCCGGCCGGAUGGCGAAGAGGCAAGGUGUCGAUGUUGCUCGGCGGCCGAACUUCCUGGACCGGGAAAGGAGCGGGCUGGAUCUUGGACUUCUUCCACCAGGAGGUCUUCGACUUGACCGACCCACCGGAGGUCUUCCUCUUGCUGUCGCGAGACAUGACGGAGCCCGUCGGCGACAAUGGGCCCGAAAGGACAGAAGCUUUGUCGUCAUCCUCAGCAUGGUAAGAGGAAUUCAUGGAGACGCGAGAUAGGAAUCGACGCAUCGAAGUGGGACGUCCAGGAGAUUGAGGCGGGGUGGUGGUAGAUGAUGCGUCGGCGGACGAAGCUUCCAAAUUUGAGGGAGACGCCGGUGGCCUUUCAUCGUGAGAAGAGGCGGAAGAGGUUGGAGUUAGCUCUUCGGCGGGGACGUGGGGCAGAUUUGUGCCCGAGGUAAGGGGUUCGAGGGGAGCGAGCGCCGGGAGUUGAAGUUGCGGGAUACCGGUGGGGGGCGGCAUUGUAUCGAGUUAUCUCCGUUUUUCUAUUGAACCAGUGUGGCGGAUUAUUUAUUCUAUUCUAUUCUAUUCUUCAGAGGAAUUGACGGGUGGUAAGGGGGGGGGACGGUGGUGAGCAAGGUGGAGGAGGGAGGCGUUGUAAGGUAAAGGCUCUGUCAGAAAUGCUAUUGCUGGGCAAACAAGCAAGAAGCAAAACAAGUGACGGCAGGACAGGGGCAAGGUACGUACAAGUAGAGCUGUGGAAGGGGGGCCGUUUGAGCGUGCGACGACCUAUUCUCCGCGUAAGAUGCUCGACGGCAGGGAGAGGGCAAGGUGAAAGCCGGGGGAGACGGCAGCAAUUGGACUGGAUCGGUUGCCAAAGGGACGUGCUAGCACUCGUACAGUACUCGUACAGUACGGUGAAGGUGGGAGGCGGUAAUGUAGGAGAAAACCGAGGCGGGAGAAGAAGAGAAAGGGCGCCGCGAGGAUGGCGUUGUCGUGUUUUUUCGUUUUUGUUUUUUUACCCCUUCCGUGGGCUACCGUUGAGGGUGUGGAUAGUUGCACACAAAAGGCCGCAUGUGAGCCGGGGACAUUGUAUGGGCGAAAGGUCCAACUGGGAUGGCUGGCUAAGCCGUGCAGGGCAAAGGGCUUGCCGGGAGGGCGCGAGCGAGAAAGGAGUUGAUGGAAAGAAGGAUUCCGAACAGAGAGGGAGAAAAUGGUCCCUUGGCUUUUUCCCUUCAAAAGUGACAAGUCAAACUCCCCAGGCUAGAACUAAAGAGCUACGAACCUGUACUGUACUUGCGCAGGCACAAGUGACGGCUGCCGGUGCCGUUGCCCAUCACGGAAACAGCGUGGAGAAGGAGACGGAGAGAGAGAUGUGCCGAGGGGUCGCUCAUCGCGAUGAUUGGCGAUUGAAUGUUCGUACGGUACGAUACCAGGUGUGAAGGGGUGGCGAUGCUUUGGCUGUUCUCACGGCGCGAUGCAUUUCAAUCUCCCCCACCCAUCCGGCGUGGCGAGAAUAACUAUGAUACUGUUCAAUGGAAAGCCUCUCCAUCACAGCGUGCCCACUGCCCUCUCUACAUUCUACGAUCGACCGCUGAAGCCGGUAUCAUACUCCCCCGUUGUGCGGUGUCCAGUCCAGUCUGUCGGUGGUU